AUGGAAUGCAAUUUAUCUGAACCCACUGGAGAUCAGCAGUGUCUUGGAGCACUUGGGGAGCCUUUGAUUUUUUACCUACCCAGUGGUACAAAUAAACAGACAACUCUGAAAAAGAAUACCCAAAGCAUUUUAAGGAUAACCAUUAAUACAGGAGUUAUCAACAGCAAAUACAAUGACCACUCAGCAUUUUUCACAAAUGGAACCUUUAAGCUUGAAAAAGUGACAAUGAACGACUCUGGAGAUUAUGUGUUGGAAACUCAUGGAUUCACUGAUGGUCUAUUAUUGCACAAAAUCAACAUCCAUAUUGAAAUACAAGAUUAUUGUCUUUCAGCUCCGGUGUCUGAGCCAGCUUUGUCUCAGAUGUGUUUGUCAUCAGAACAGAUGAAGGUCAGCUGCUCCUCUGAGGGAGAUGGAGUGGAGUUCAUUUGGACUUUGGACGGCAACUUAUUGAUACAGACCAGAGCUGAGAGUACACUUAAACAUCACGCACCCAGUGUACCAAAUGUUACCAUCAGCUUACACGGCCAACUGACAGGAAUCUUGACAUGUAAUGUUCGAAACAAUGUCAGCACGAAGGAAACAUUUAUCCACCUUACAAGCUGCAAAGAUUCGAUUGCUCACUGUGUCGUUUUAGUGAUGCAGACCACAAGGCAAACCAGACCGAACUAG